AUGCCGUCACUAACCCGCACUCUCCGCACCGCGCGUGUGUUCUCGCGCAGCAGCACGCAGACCUAUCUCAACCUUUGUCGCAGCUUCUCCUCGUCUCUCCGCCGCAAUGAAAUCAACAAAGUGUACCCCUCUCCCGCUGCAGCCAUUGAAGACAUGGCCUCCAACAGCACCCUCCUCGUUGGCGGCUUUGGUCUCUCUGGUGUACCCGACACCCUUAUUAACCAAGUGAAAAACACACCGUCCAUCACAGGCCUAACCGCCGUCUCCAACAAUGCUGGCAUCGUGGGCAGCGGCCUAGGCCUGUUGCUGGAAAGCAAACAAGUGAAGAAGAUGAUUGCCUCAUACGUGGGCGAGAACAAGGUCCUCGAGCAAAUGUAUCUCUCCGGCGAACUCGAACUCGAACUCACCCCGCAAGGCACCCUCGCUGAGCGUUGUCGAGCAGGCGGCGCCGGCAUCCCAGCUUUCUAUACCCCAGCCGCCAUGGGCACCGUUGUGCAAACUGGUGAACUUGCCCUCCGCCACAACAGCGACGGCAGCGUAGCCCAAUACUCGACGCCGCGCGAUGUCAAAGUCUUCAGUGGGAAAUCCUACAUCAUGGAAGAAUCCAUCAAGGGUGACUACGCCUUCAUCAAGGCUUUCAAGGCUGAUCGCCUCGGAAACCUGGAAUUCCGCUUCUCAGCGCAAAACUUCAAUGGAGCCAUGGCGCGCAAUGCCAAAGUCACCAUUGUAGAAGCAGAACAGAUUGUCGAGGUGGGCGAGAUUGCGCCCAAUGCCGUCCACGUUCCUGGCAUCUACGUCGACCGCAUCAUCCAAUCCACCGCGCCCAAGAAGAUUGAAAAAAUCGUCAACGCAAAGGAUUCCUCCGACGACAUCACCGCCACCCUCGGCACCGGCGCCACCGCCAGCAAACGCGAACGCAUCGUUCGACGCGCAGCCCAGGAAUUCAAAAACGGCAUGUACGCCAACCUAGGCAUCGGCAUGCCCAUGCUCGCCCCCUCCUUUGUCCACCCCUCCAUCACCGUCCAACUGCAAUCUGAAAAUGGCAUCUUGGGUCUCGGCCCCUACCCCCAGCCCGGCCACGAAGACGCCGAUCUCAUCAACGCCGGCAAGGAAACCGUCACGCUGCUGCCCGGGGCCUCGUGCUUUGGCUCCGAGGAAUCCUUUGGCAUGAUACGGGCGGGCAAAAUCGACAUGACCAUCCUCGGCGCCAUGCAGGUCUCUGCAAAGGGCGACUUGGCCAACUGGAUGUUGCCGGGCAAAGUCAAGGGCUUUGGCGGCGCCAUGGAUCUCGUGAGUAACCCGCAGCAGACGAGGGUGGUGGUGACCAUGGAGCAUGUGGAUAAAAAGGGAAGGCCCAAGAUUCUCAAACAGUGCGAGUUUCCCCUCACGGGCAAGGCGUGUGUGAGUCGCAUCAUUACGGAUUUGUGUGUCUUUGACGUCGACUUCACAAACGGACUCACCCUGAUCGAAUUAGCAGACGGCGUUACCGUCGACGAAGUCCGGUCGAAAACGGGUGCGGAUUUCAAAGAGGCCGAGGAGAUCAAGCCCAUGUUGUGA